UCUCUGCUGCUGCUGACCCAUGCACACACACACACACACACACACACCCACUCACACUCAUGUCAGGCCGCAGGGUGGGCUUCUUCCUCAGCGACAAGAAGCGCAGGAGGAUGAACCUGGACGCCUUUGCACACUUCUGUGCCGUCCAUGGUGUGGAAGUGGUGGAGAUUGACCUCACUCAGCCGCUGAUACCACAGGGACCCUUCAGUGUCAUUGUUCACAAGCUUUCUGAUCUCAUUGUGGAGGCAGAGCAUGACAGCCAGUCACAACAGCUGCUGGCCAAUUUCCAGAGCUAUGUGUCGACUCAUCCCGAUACCAUUCUCCUCGACCCGCUGCCAGCGAUGACCCAGCUGCUAGACCGCUUCGCCUCUUACAGGAUCAUGAGCAAGUUGCACAAUUCACUCCGAGACUGGCGUAUCUGCAGUCCUCCCUACCUGGAGGUCCAGACUGACAGUGACCUGAUCUCCAUUAACCAGACUGUGACGGCUCAGGACCUAAGCUUCCCUCUCAUUUGUAAAACCAGAGUGGCACAUGGCUCAGUUUCCCACGAGAUGUCUCUGAUCUUCAGUGCGAGCAGCCUGACUGAUGUCCGUCCUCCCUGUGUCCUCCAGAGCUUUGUUAACCACGGAGCUGUUCUGCACAAGGUCUUUGUGAUCGGAGACAAACACUUCUGUGUAGAGAGGCCCUCACUGAAGAACUUCCCCUCUGGUCCCUGUGACAGGAAAACGAUCUUCUUUAACAGCCACCAUGUGUCCAAGCCUGAGUCAAGCUCUGAUCUCACAGCUCUGGACGAGCAGAUGCCGUGCCUGCCUCCUCCCAGCUCCCAGGCCGUGGCCGCUCUGGUCAGAGAGCUCCGAGUUCAGCUGGGCAUGGCCCUGUUUGGUGUGGACGUCAUCAUCAACAUACACACACACACGCUGACUGUCAUUGACAUCAACAUCUUCCCAGGAUACGAGGGAGUGCCACAGUUUUUCUCCUCUCUGCUCGGCCACAUCAAGUCAGUGCUGGACACACAGACAUCUGCUGGUCCACGUGGUCCAUGUGCUGGCCUUUAAGUCACAUGGUCUUCAUGGUCUUACUGCUGUGUGUAUGAUUCUAAAAC